CAAUUCCAGUUCGGUGGUACUCAGUGGAAGCAAAAUGUUGGCAGUGGGCAGAAGCGUUUCGUCUGUGCAUGGGUAUAGACGUAGUGGGAUUUUCACCGUUCAACCUGUUGCGUGCGAAAACUACAACUGUCCAGUUGAUUGUGGUCAUUUGUCGAGUUGUGACACGGAGCGAACAUUCCGGGACGUGGCCAAUUUGUCGUAGACGGACAUUGUGCUCAGCAAAUGAAUAGAACUGUGCAAAAGGGGUGUCUGUUUCCUCGAUCCAAAAUAUUAAGAUGCGUUAGUGCACCACUAGCAAGGAUUUGCUAACUGUUUUGUGCUUGAACCAGACGAUUUGCGCUGUAAAGUGUGAUUUAGUAUCCUUGCGAGUGUGUACCAUCAAAAUUGCAUUUGGUGCUGCAAAAGAACACAUCAGCAACAAGUGAUUUCGGCAUUCCGGAAGAAAACAUAAAAACGGCAAAUAGAUUGAUUUGUGGUGUAUAUGCGUAGGAAUUGUGUAGUUAUUGUGGUGCGUGCGUGUUAGCUACUAGUGGUAACCGUGCAAAGUGUGCAAUCAAGCUGCAACUUCCAGCGUCCCCAAAAAAAAUCGUACGUUCCACGGUUUACGAGAAAGUUCUGCCAACGCCCCAGGCGUCAUACAACAAUACAAGACGACAAAACAAAAAAGUGGUUUCUUAUCGGUGUAAAAUAACAAUACUACUAUCGUGUGCAUACCUUUCGCAACCAAGGUAUCGAAUGAAGCAAGAUGCAAUGAAAUAAAAUCACCCCGUUAAGGAAACGUACGACUUCUUUUCGUUAGCCACGGUCAUGUUUUACCAUUCGCCGCUGGUCAAUCGAAGUAACGAAGUUAGUGAGGAAAGUUCGUGCAAAGGAAGUUCCGUCCGAGGUGGAAGAACUUUCGGUAUGCUAGUGCGUUGAAAACAGUGCCUUCCCGUUAAUGCUUUUAGUUUAUUUGCUUUGUACAUAAGAGUGUUCGAGGACACGAAUUUCUUUGUGCUGGUUCACGAGGAAACAUUAGCGUUUGUUAAGGUAGAAAGUUAAAGAUACAAAAGUGUGCAUUAUAUUAGUGUUAUAAAGUGAUAUUUCAAACAAAAAAAAGAAGGAAAAGUACUUAUCCAAACGGCUUAACUUCUAGUGUGUACAGAUCUUGCUGCUGAGAAUUAGCGUCAGCAGCUUCAUCAAACUUACCAUUCUCGUUGACAGACUAGCGAUAGAGAGAGGGAGAAAAAAACAAUCCACCACUCAUAACCCGCGCAAAAAGCUCUCUGAAAUCCGCGCAAUACGACGGUGUUUGGGGGUUUUUUAGGAUAUGCCGUCACUACCCAGCAUCCAGUUGCCGUCCGUUGCCACCAACAGUACCACCACCAUGGUUACCACCGGAUCGGGAUCCAAUCGUACGAUGGUAGACACGAAGCAGAUGCUACUUCCGGGCCAUGUGGCGGUAAUGCAUGUGACGACAUGCGGCCAAAGUGGGGCCGGGCUCGGUUCGGACGAGAAGGAGAUCGUACUGCUGAUUUACGUAAUCAUCGAUGUGCAGACAAAUAAUAUAAUUGGCGUAAAGCAGUAUCUAGUCCGGCCGAGGAAUUCGACAUUCCGCACCGAGUCAUCGGGCAGCAACGCUCUCGGUGCACUGUCCAGCAGUCUUACCGGCAGCAACAGCAACAUCAGCAACAGCAGCAGCAGUACGGCCGGUGCCGGCGGAUGCCCUGCUGGCAUCAACGCAUCGUCCACGGCUGUCGGAUCAUCGGACAGUACGGCGAUUGCCGUCCCAACGGGUGGCUCCACAUCCCCGGGCAUUGUCGUAGCACCGUCGCCACCGGAAUGUGCAAUAACGCAGGAGAUCCCGGCCAUUGAAUCGCUGGUACAGACGAACGGGCGUCCCCUGGAGGAAGUGAUCCAACAGUUUGAUGAGUACACCAAGUCGCUCAAUCUGGAUCCGCACUGUCCCAGCUUUCGGCUAGUCACCGACGGGCAGCUACCACUCCGGCAAUGUCUCCAUCCCGAAGCAAGUGCCAAAGACGUCGACCUGCCACAGUACUACUGGCGGUUUUGUGACCUGCGGAAGGAGUUCGUACGGUUCCGGGCCGGUGAUCUAUCGCGUGCCCUUGUCCCAGUCGCUGAAGCUGCGAAGCUCCAAUCCAUGCCAAGUCUUCCGCCGACUCCGGCCUCUGUUGGUGACAUUAUUACAGAUCUUGAGCUGCAAGCCUGUCAGGAUAAUAAUGAAUUUUACGUCAAGGAAGCACGCGACAUGGUGACGAUCGUGAAACAUUUAAUCACUUUAGGACACAAAUUUGAAGCAAAUGAAAUAAUAAAUCUAAAUCUGGAGCCUGGCAUAUGCUCGAUCGAUGACGAAAUAGAUGGAACGUGUAUAGUGCGUGCUCGUGGAUUACCCUGGCAGAGCAGCGAUCAGGAUAUUGCCAAGUUCUUCCGCGGACUGAAUGUGGCAAAGGGUGGUGUAGCUCUUUGUUUAUCGCCACAAGGACGUCGUAACGGUGAAGCAUUGGUACGCUUUGUGUCACAGGAACAUCGCGAUAUGGCACUCAAACGACACAAGCAUCACAUCGGCAAUCGAUACAUCGAGGUGUAUCGAGCCAACGGCGAAGACUUCCUUGCCGUCGCAGGUGGUGCAUCCAAUGAAGCGCAAGCCUUCCUAUCGAAGGGCGCACAAGUAAUCAUUCGGAUGCGAGGUUUACCAUACGAUUGCACUGCAAAGCAGGUGCUUGACUUCUUCGCCAACGGUGAGAACAGUUGCAAUGUGCUGGAUGGUGCCGAUGGUAUACUGUUUGUAAAGAAGCCGGACGGGCGGGCGACCGGCGAUGCGUUCGUUCUCUUCGAGCAGGAUACGGAUGCGUCCAAAGCACUGUCAAAACAUCGCGAAUCAAUCGGACAACGCUACAUUGAGCUGUUUCGCUCGACAACGGCAGAAGUACAGCAGGUUUUGAACCGAUCAAUGGAUCCGAAGACCUACGAACCACCGCAGCCACCAUUGAUUGCACAGUUACCGCAAGUCCAGAUGCAGCUAUUACCCCAGCACGUCAUCACUAGCGGUAUCGAGAAGAACUGUAUCCGGUUACGCGGACUUCCUUAUGAGGCGAAGGUGGAACAUAUUCUACACUUCCUGGACGACUUUGCUAAUCACAUCGUGUACCAGGGAGUACAUCUGGUGUAUAACGCUCAGGGUCAGUUCAAUGGUGAAGCAUUCAUACAGAUGGAUUCGGAAACGGCCGCCUACCAGUCGGCCCAACAGAAACACCACAAGAACAUGAUGUUCGGCAAGAAGCAGCGCUACAUCGAGGUGUUCCAGUGUUCCGGCGAUGACAUGAACAUGGUGCUGAACGGUGGCUUCCAGCAGCCGGCCAGUCUCUCCAAACCGUCGCUCCUCUCACCGGGUAUGUUACCGACAGCGGCCACACAGCCACCGACACAAUCCCCGCAGACGCUCUCACUUUCCCAAAUUCCGCUACCGAUUCCAUCUCCGCUGGCUCUCUCGGUACCGCCGCCGAACCAUCAGCUGCUCGCACAGCAGCAAGCACAGUACAUUGCGCAGCACAAUCUGCUGGCGCGCCAAGCGGCCGCCGCCCAGCAUCAGCAACAUCAGCAGGAACAGCUGAUGCUUCAGAAUCUAGGCAUGUACGUAGCAGGUCCACCGACCAGCUCUGCUACAUCGUUGAGCGUUUCACAACCGGGCAGUGCUGUGGCCGGUACACCAACGUACGUUACAGCUAGUAGCGGUGGUUUGCCACCCUCGGUCACCGGUGCCGGUAAUGCUGGUGGGCUUGCCUUCGGGCAUGGAUCAGCUGCCGGAUUGGCCGGUUUAAGUGCUGCUUCUGCCGCAUCCGGAGCAAGCGGUGCGGGCGGUUUGCCACCCCAUCUAGCAGGAGGACAUCCGGCUGGUCCGCUUGCCGCGCAGUACCAUCCGCUGUACUUUAUGCACCGGCAGAUGCUUGCCUCCAACGGUGGCAUACCGAUGGGUUUGAUGGCGCCGCAACAUACAGCGGCUGCCGCCCAUCAUGCCGCUGCAUUUAACCAAUUUCAUCACUUCGGCGGUGGCAUUGGUCAUGCAGGUGCAACCGCUUCUGGUGCGGGCAGUUCGCUAUCGCAUCAUGCUUCUGCUGCCGGUCUGGUGCAUCAUCCAUCGUCGCAACAUCACGCGAUGCAAGCGAUGGCAGCAGCGGCCGCUUCACAAUCGGCUGCCGCCGGUAUGCUUCCAUCGAAACGAUCGUACGAUAGUGCAUUCCGCGGUGAUCAGUCUACGCUAGCGACUAGUGCCGGUAGCAAACGUCCUUUCCAUGGUACCCCGACACAGGGUGCGGCUGCAGCUGCUGCAGCAGCGGCAGCUUCCGUUGCAUUGUACGCACCGUACUACCAUCCGCACAUAUGAAGCGGAUUGUUUUAAAAAGGCUGAUUGCGUUCCGUUGAUACUUUUUUAUCAAUAGUGAACGGGCCCAUGCUGAGAAUACUAAAAUUUUAUUGUUUAUUUUAGAGAAUCCUUUAGUGUUAGUAGUAGACGAGAAAGUGUGUGCAACGAUUUUUUUUAUUUUGUUACAAUUUUCACAUUCCGUGUCCUUGUAGAUACUGUUGCAUGGACCAGUGCCUUCAUCAGUACCUAUACAAAAGUGAAUGAUUACACUGUGGUAAAUCUUUUACCUACUUAAUGGAGAUGCUACUAAAAGUACUUAUAUUGUUAAAUAAUGAUUUAAACAUACAUUGCCUUAACACGCCAACCUAUCAACAGAUGGUUGAGUUGUUUAGCGUAGAAGAAUUGUGGCGCGUUUGCUGUUGCUUCUGCUGUGUGCUGCGCUCCGAUCGGAUUGGCAUUGUGGUGCGGUAAUCCGAAAGCAAUCCGAUACACCAACCGGGAAUCGUUAAAUGGGUUGAAACAAUCAUGUAGAACCAUUACUUCCAUGUUUACUUUUGUUAGCUGUUAUAUCCGCCCUUCCGUUUACACUUUUACUCUCGCGGAACACUAAACUGUGUCCUGUGUUUGUGUAUUGGUUUUUCUUUAAAUUUUCCCUCUUUCAUUCCCUCUUUCCUUCCGGGUAUUUCUGUGCCGCUCUCGUUACACUUUGCUUGUUUUGUUUGUAAGGAAAGAUAUGGAAAAUGGAUUUAGGGUGGAUUUGGGUUGACUGGUUGGUGAUCGUAAAUGGAACACCGUACGCUGGUAUAGUGUACUAUUUCGUGAAUUUUUUCCCUGUAUUACCAUAAAAUUGAUCCUUCCGGUAAUGUUUUUUCCCCUUCCCAUUAUUCUCUCCAGCCGUUUCCUUUCCUUUAGUCCAUUUUACACUUACUCAAUGCAUAGAAAGACGCAUUCCAUAGUGAUAAGACGGUUCGCCUUCUUCCAUUCCAUACACACAAACACACAUUCCUUACAAUUCCUUCAUUUCCUUCCAAUCAACUGAUCAUUCACACACAAACACAUACGUCCAACAAAUGAUUGCAAAUGAGCCGUUGUGUAAAGUAAUUGGCUAAUAUUAUCCUGUGUAUGUGAGCAGUGGGUAUGCAAAUUUAAAUACGUGUAGCGAAACGUGGGAGGGAUGAAUCCUUACGAGAGGAGGGUGUAAUAGGUGGGGUCAGGAAUGCGGAUGCGGAACCAGGUACACGGGGUUAAAUACGGUGUUGGGUCGGUGCAGCCACCAGUACGUUUCCUGUUUAACAUUUACACUACAUAUUAUGUGUGCGUUUACGUGUGUGUGUGACACAAGCAAGUUGCGAGUAGAAAGCAAAAAAAAACGGGAGGUGAAGUACACGAGGUAACUAGACUUAAUAGUGAUCGAAAUUGGUUGGGGGAAAACAAAACAAAACAUAAAAACCCACACCCAUUAGCAUAAACAUUCCCCCGGCUGAUCGAUCCCAUAUAGAGCAAUAUAAAAAUGGGCUUUUUUAGUGUAAGGAAAGAGGAGCUUCAUAAAACGCAUAGGACAUUUGAACGUUGUGUAAUGUGUAGUAGAUUUGCAAAAAAAAACAAGAAAAAAGGUUCGUGUGUCGCCAAGUCUUUCAUCCUGGUACGGUGUAACUAUGCAUAAAAUAGCAAGCAAAGUUGGUUGUAAUUUGCAUUUGUGGUUCUUAGAAGAUUAAGAAACGAAACAAUGUGCUGACUUACUAGCUUCAUUCCAUCACUACGUUCUUAUAACACUAAUCGAAAGCACAAUUUAAGUUUAUUUGUUUUCUUUUCUUAAUUUACAACAUACACUUGUUCAUAUGCCGGGGCUAAUAAUAGUUACAAGUGAGAUGAGCAUUGAAAAUCCAUUAUUUUUUUCUAGCUUUAAAUCAUAUAAUUGCGCUAAAAGCAUAAAAAAAACAAUUAUACAUAUACAUAGAAGUGUUAGAAAGAGGAACCAAUACGCUACUAGACACGUAAAAUUGGAUGGAUAACUGCAUUACGCUGUGAUCGCUUUUCUUCAACACCUAGAACGGGUGACCACAGAAUAACUCAUUAUCGAAAACGCCAGGUGAAGUAAUAAUAACAAUAAUAAUAGUAAUAAUAAUAAUAUUAAUAAUAAUACAUUCCAUUAAUCGUAAAUAUAGUGGUAAACAUGCGGCAGGGUUUUUUUUUGUUUUGCAAAUGGCGACCGGAAGCCGAUCGUUUUGUUUUUUUUUCUUCUUUGUUUACCAUUAUCAUCAUGUUAUAGCACUAACAAACAACACCUCGAGCAGGUUAAAUUCCUUUUUUAAAAACGUCCAUUAGGCAUGCUAAUUUACCUAGUAAUAAGUGAAUUAUUUUUCGGCACGAUAUUUUACACACAUCUAAAUGUUCUAGAGUAACUCACGGACCUAGUUAUAGUUAAAGGAAAAUAGUCUAGCGCUAUUUGAGAGUGGCUUCUUCUUUCUGUACUGUGUGGUGUUUCGGUCGUUCGCAAAUGUUGUUAGUAAGGUCUGUUUGUGAAACGUUUAAAUGUCUUUAUUGUUGUAUAAUUGGUUUAAAUUUGGUAACUUAUGAACGAUUCAUGCAGCGUAUACAUAUAUGGUGGUGAAAUGUUAAAAAUAGGCACAUUUAAAGUGUUGCGUACACAAGAACAUACCCAUCUGGACUAACUUCUUGUGUUGCCUUUGUAUUGUAGAGUUUUUAAAGCUUUUCUUUUCUUAUACGAUAUGGAAACUAUUCUGAUGUGCAGAUUGCUCUUAAUUCUUCUUUUAUCGCUGUUCUUACUGGCAUAUAAACAAAACACACACAACAUAUAAUGCGUUUUGGGGUGGCCAAUAGUGAAUGUUUAAAAGUAAUACUACCCGUUAACACAUCGUUCUUAAACGGAUCGGUCUUUGCACCAUCGUGACACACACAACACACAGCAAAAACAUACACCAUCUAAGCUUAUAAGGCCACACUAAAACGAAAAAAGUGGAAAUCAAUUUAAACAAUUAAAAUCCGUGCACCGCCAAUCAUUUAAAUGCUAUCUGCUGUUAGUUAUAUAGCAAUAUAAACGAACAGUGCUCACUCACUUGCGGGAGGAAUAGAUGUAAUUUUAAUAUUAUAAUAGGUGGAACCCUUUGUUUUGAGAUGAAUACACAAUUAAUCUAUCUUAGUUUUUGUUAAGAUCAACGACAA